GGACGAGACAAGUGACGGCAUGAUAUUCGGAUCUGCUCUAGGCUAGGAAGGGCUAAUUUGCGGGCACUAGAAUGGCUAGUGCCACCCUCAAAUUUUUGGGAAGCCUGUUGAUCGAUCCGCUAAAGAUUGCCUUUUGUGUCCCACAGUGUUUAAUGCCUAGAACCCCGCUAUUGGACUUCGAGAUUUCAUUUGGUAGCACGAAAUCUUUUCCCACUCCCUUUGAGUAUCUGAGGGAUUGAGAACGCUACAGGGAGAUUUGUAUACACAUAUCAGGGAUCAUUCAGAGGGAAAAUCAACUGGGCUUGGCUCUGCAAGACACCAUGGCCGCGCAAACUGCUGAUGCUCUUGCCAGCUUGAAGCUAAAGGAUCCGGAAGCCGUCAAAGACUCAACGACCGCCACAAAAACCAACGGUAACGGUAAAGUCCCCGAAGCGGAGGAUUCGGACGACGAUGAAGACGAGAGGGGCGCGGUUGGGGAAGGCGGAGCAGAGGGAGGGGCAAAGAAGAAGCGCAAAAGGAAGAGGAAGCCAAAGAAGGCUGGUGGCGCCGGUGGCCUCCCAACGAAGCAAUCGGAUCCUCCGCGAGUCCUACUCUCGAAUCUGUUCCCCAGUGGAGAGUACCCGGUCGGAGAGGAGGUUGAAUACAGAGAUGAGAAUCUAUACCGGACAACCAAUGAGGAAAAGAGACACCUGGAUCGCAUGAACAAUGACUUUUUGCAGGAAUAUAGACAGGGUGCUGAGAUUCAUCGUCAAGUGCGCCAGUGGGCAGCGAAGAAUAUCAAGCCAGGACAGACUCUGACAGAAAUUGCUGAGGGUAUUGAGGAUGGUGUAAGAGCCUUGACUGGACAUCCUGGCCUAGAAGAGGGAGACAAUAUCAAGGGCGGUAUUGCCUUCCCAACUGGUGUCAACUUGGACCAUAUUGCGGCGCAUUACAGCCCCAAUGCUGGAAACAAAACGGUUCUCAGCAAAGACAAUGUCAUGAAGGUUGAUUUUGGAGUUCACAUCAAUGGCCGAAUUGUGGACAGUGCGUUCACCAUGUCAUUCGACCCGAUGUAUGACAACCUCCUGGAGGCUGUGAAACAAGCAACCAACACCGGUAUCAGAGAGGCUGGAAUCGAUGCUCGGCUGGGCGAAAUCGGAGGUAUGAUUCAAGAGACCAUGGAGAGCUACGAGGUCGAGAUCAAUGGCGAGACUUUCCCUGUUAAGUGUAUCCGGAACUUGAACGGACAUGAUAUCCGGCAAUGGCAGAUCCAUGGUGGAAAGAGCGUGCCGAUUGUGAAGAGCUCUGAUCAGACGAAGAUGGAGGAAGGUGAGGUGUUUGCUAUUGAAACAUUUGGUAGUACUGGAAAUGGUUAUGUUAGAGAUGAUCUGGAAACUUCCCAUUAUGCCAAACGAGCAGAUGCUCCAAACGUAGCAUUACGUGUACAGUCUGCGAGCAAGCUGUUGAAUGUCAUCAACAAGAACUUCGGAACUCUACCUUUCUGUAGGCGGUAUCUAGACCGUCUUGGUCAGGAGAAGUAUCUGCUUGGAGUAAAUGCUCUUUUUUCGGGUAAGUGGUAAUAUGCUAAUAUCCUGUAGCUGAAUAGCUUGGUCACUGCUGGUAUCGUGGAGGCAUACCCACCUCUUGUUGAUAAGAAGGGCUCGUACACGGCGCAGUUUGAACAUACCAUCGUACUCCGACCCAACGUAAAGGAAGUCAUCAGUCGAGGCGACGACUACUAAAAGUAUUACUACUAAAAGCAUUGACAGACAUCUACGGGGAGUUUAAGAAUGAUGGACGAAUUGAUGAUUGCUUGAAAAGUGACAAAUUGGAGUUUUCAUGACCACAAACGGUUAUCUAUGUGCGGGUGCAUCAAUGGAUGGAUAGCUUCUAGAUUUCCGAACGAGAAGUUGAAUUUGAGCACCAAUUGCAGUAUCCGAUGAUCUUGCAAUUGAAUGUGUGAUGUGCUCUUGGAACCGAGUCGACAAGACCUGAUGGCGACAAGGUUGGGAUAAAGACAAAAUGAUAAUACAAGAAAGUAAACAACAGUGUCGCGAGGUCUUGAUUCCGAGGGGGGGCUUAUACUCGCACUAGUUCUCAUUUCGGUGCUUCUGCUCUACGACCUUUCCUCGUGGACUUGUUCGGCGAGCCAGACCUUGACCAUGAGCACAAUUGCAACUUUACCUGCAUCACCAGGAGCGACUACAGCUCAUUGGAAAAGCAGAAGCAGGCGCGGUGAAAUGGAAUCGAGCUGUAGGCAGGUUCUGAAGGAGGGGGAAACAACCUGCAGACUUUCCUCGCUAGCAAUAACAUCUGUAUCGUACCUACCUCAUCCGUUAUGAGUUACCGGAUCUUAUAGCUAUCAGCCUCUACUUUAACAUUCACGCUCUCCUAGGACAUCUCCAUGCCACAGAUAAGGCCUGCUGGUUUCCGUGGGCAUCUUGCAGAAGGAACUGUGAUUCUAAAUCCAGACAUUCUACUCACAUGUAGGCAUCUCGGCACACCCGACCUAAUAUUGAACCUACCAAUCAAGCAUGUACCAUCAGUUACACAUUAUCGAGCUUCACCAACUAUAGAUAUUUUCGUCUUCUAUG